AUGGCGGACCUAGUCAAACAGAUCCUCGCAAAGCCGAUCCAGUUAGCCGACCAAGUCAUCAAGCUCGCUGACGAAGCCUGUAUCAACAAGCAAGACUGCGCUGAACUCAAAUCCAAGACGGAAAAGCUCGCCGGACUCCUCCGACAAGCGGCGCGUGCGAGUAACGAUCUCUACGAACGUCCUACAAGACGUAUUAUUGACGACACAGAGCAGGUUCUUGAAAAAGCACUUUCUCUAACCCUAAAAUGCCGGAACAACGGCCUUGUGAAACGGGUGUUUACUCUCAUACCGGCAGCUGCGUUUCGGAAGAUGUCGUCACAGCUUGAGAAUUCCAUAGGGGAUGUCUCGUGGCUGUUACGCGUCUCCGCUCCUAACAAUUCAACCGAUGAGUACCUCGGUCUCCCUCCGAUCGCUGCUAAUGAACCUAUUUUGUGUUUAAUUUGGGAGCAAAUCGCGAUUUUGUACACUGGAAGCCUAGAUGACAGGUCCGACGCGGCGGCGUCGCUUGUCUCGCUUGCGAGAGACAACGAUCGGUAUGGGAAGCUGAUAAUUGAAGAAGGCGGAGUCAAUCCGUUGCUGAAAUUGGUGAAAGAAGGGAAACCAGAAGGUCAGGAGAACGCUGCAUCUGCAAUCGGAUUGUUAGGUCGUGAUCCUGAGAGCGUCGAACACAUGAUUCACGCCGGUGUAUGCUCGGUGUUUGUUAAAAUUCUCAAAGAAGGUCCCAUGAAAGUGCAAGCAGUCGUCGCCUGGGCUGUAUCGGAGCUCGUAUCUCAUUAUCCAAAAUGUCAAGAUCUCUUCGCACAACACAACAUCGUUCGAUUACUCGUUGGACAUCUCGCAUUUGAAACAGUUGAAGAACACAGUAAGUACGCAAUCACUAGCAACAAGCCCACCUCAAUUCACGCUGUUGUUUUAGCUAGCAACAACACAAACGGCAGCAGCAACAACUCCAAUGGCGUUCUUCAUCACAAUCCUUCCAACAAAUCAACAAACGAAGACGAAGACAAGAGUCGAGUUCCACAUCCUUCUGGUAACAGCAAUCAACCUUUCAAAAUGCACAGUGUAGUUGCAACCACCAUGGGAAUGAAAGAUGGCCAAAAACCUAGCAACCUAAACCCGAAUCAGAAUCAAAAAACCGAAAGCAUUACAGUCAAGAAGCAAAACAUCCAUCAUAACUCGAGCCUUUCCCUUAGUUUACACAAAGGGAGAGAAUCAGAAGACCCUGCAACAAAAGCCUACAUGAAAUCAAUGGCUGCGAAAGCACUUUGGCAUCUCGCCAAAGAAAACUCCACCAUUUGCAGAAGCAUAACCGAAUCAAGAGCUCUACUCUGCUUCGCAGUCUUACUAGAAAAAGGCCCAGAAGAAGUCAGAUACAAUUCCGCCAUGGCACUCAUGGAAAUCACAGGUGUAGCAGAAGAAGAUUCUGAUUUACGAAGAGCAGCUUUCAAACCAAACGCACCCGCAUGCAAAGCUGUAAUCGAACAACUCCUUCAAAUCAUCGAAAAAGCAGAUUCAAAUUCACAACUUCUUCUUCCAUGUAUCCAAUCCAUCGGGAACUUAGCAAGAACAUUUCGUGCAACCGAAUCACGCAUGAUCCAACCGUUAGUUCAACUUCUUGAAGAACGUGAAGCUGAAAUUUCAAAAGAAGCUGCAAUCGCACUCGCGAAAUUCACCUGCAAAGAAAACUACCUUCAUCUUGAUCAUUCAAAAGCCAUUAUUACAGCUGGAGGAACACGACAUUUGAUUCAAUUGGUGUAUUUUGGUGAACAAAUGGUUCAGAUUCCUGCAUUGGUGCUUCUUUGUUACAUUGCUUUUCAUGUUCCUGAUAGUGAAGAUUUAGCACAGGCUGAAGUGCUUACUGUUCUUGAAUGGGCGUCUAAACAAUCUCAAUUGAUUCAGAUUGAAAAGGUGGAGAAUCUUUUACAGGAAUCUAAAGGUAGGUUGGAGCUUUAUCAAUCUAGAGGAUCAAGGGGUUUUCAUUAG